AUGGACGCCGCGCUCCUCCUCGCCCUCGGGCUGCUGGCCCAGAGCCUGUGCCUGUCAGUGGGGGUCCCCGGGCUGAGGAGGCCCCGCACCCUGUACCCCUGGCGCCGGGUGCCGGCACCGGGCCGCGUGCGGAGGGCCUGGGUCAUCCCGCCCAUCAGCGUGUCCGAGAACCACAAGCGCCUGCCAUUCCCCCUGGUACAGAUCAAGUCGGACAAGCAGCAGCUGGGCAGCAUCAUCUACAGCAUCCAGGGGCCCGGCGUGGACGAGGAGCCCCGGGGGGUCUUCUCCAUAGACAAGUUCACAGGGAAGGUGUCCCUGAAUGCCAUGCUGGACCGAGAGAAGACAGACCGCUUCAGGCUCAGGGCCUUUGCUCUGGACCUGGGGGGGUCCACCCUGGAGGAGCCCACGGACCUGGAGAUCGUGGUUGUGGACCAGAACGACAACCGGCCUGUCUUCAUGCAGGAGGUGUUCACUGGCCAGGUGCUGGAGGGCGCCCUCCCAGGCACCUACGUGACCAGGGCUGAGGCCACGGAUGCGGACGACCCAGAGACGGACAACGCGGCCCUGCGAUACUCCAUUCUGGAGCAGGGCGGCCCCCAGCUCUUCAGCAUCGACCCGUACACAGGGGAGAUCCGCACGGUGCAAGUGGGCCUGGACCGCGAGGUGGUCGCCGUGUACAAUCUGACCUUGCAGGUGGCGGACAUGUCUGGAGACGGCCUCACCGCCACUGCCUCGGCCAUCAUCACGCUGGAGGACGUCAAUGACAACGCCCCCGAGUUCACCAGGGCUCAGUUCUUCCUGGAGGCCACAGAGGCCGUCAGUGGAGUGGACGUGGGGCGGCUUGAGGUAGAGGACCGGGACCUGCCCGGCUCCCCCAACUGGGUGGCCAGGUUCACCAUCCUGGAGGGCGACCCUGACGGGCAGUUCGCCAUCCGCACCGACCCCAGGACCAACGAGGGCGUGCUGUCUGCGGUGAAGCCCCUGGACUAUGAGAGUCGGGAGCGCUAUGACCUCACGGUGGCGGUGCAGAACGAGGCUCCCCUGCAGGCGGCUGCCCCCAGGGCUGAGCGGGGCCAGGCCAGGGUCAGCGUGCAGGUGCGGGACGUCAACGAGGCACCCGUGUUCCAGGAGAACCCGCUGCGGACCAGCCUGGCCGAGGGGGCGGCCCCAGGAACCCCCGUGGCCACCUUCUCUGCCCGAGACCCUGACACACAGCAGCCGCAGAGGCUCAGCUACUCCAAGGACUAUGACCCUGAAGACUGGCUGCAAGUGGACGGGGCCACCGGCCGGGUCCAGACCCAGCGCGUGCUCAGCCCUGCAUCUCCCUUCCUCAAGGACGGCUGGUACAGGGCCAUCAUCCUGGCCCGAGAUGAUGCCUCCCCACCCAGCACAGCCACAGGGACCCUGUCCAUUGAGAUCCUGGAGGUCAAUGACCACGCCCCUGAACUGUCCCCACCGUGGGGCAGCCUGUGCAGCACGCCAGAGCAGGGCUCCGGCCUCCUCUUGGGGGCCACGGAUGAGGACCUGCCCCCCCACGGGGCCCCCUUCCACUUCCAGCUGAGCCCCAGGCUCCCAGAGCUGGCCCAGAACUGGAGCCUCAGCCAGGUUAACGUGAGCCACGCGCGCCUGCGGCCCAGGCUCCAGGUCCCGGAGGGGCUGCACCGCCUUAGCCUGCUGCUCCAGGACUCCGGACAGCCGCCCCAGCAGCGCGAGCAGCCCCUGAACGUGACCGUGUGCCGCUGCGGCCUGGACGGCACCUGCCUGCCGGGGGCUGCUGCGCUGCGGGCGGGCGGCGCAGGCAUCAGCCUGGGCGCCCUGGUCAUCGUACUGGCCAGUGUCAUCCUGCUGCUCUUGCUCGCCCUGUUGGUGGCCCUCCUGGUGCGGUGCCGGCAGCAGUCGUGUGACAAGAGGCUUCUGCACGGGCUGCAGGACGACCUUCGGGACAACAUCCUCAACUACGAUGAGCAGGGGGGUGGGGAGGAGGACCAGGAUGCCUACGACAUGGACCAGCUGCGCCACCCGGCAGAGCUGGCGGCCCUGGGCACCCCCCUGGGACGGCCUUCUCUGCGCAGAGACGCCCCGUUCAGCCGAUCGCACCCCCAGGCCCCCCGUGUGCUGCCCACCAGCCCCUCUGACAUCGCUGACUUCAUCAACGAGGGCUUAGAGGCUGUGGACAGUGACCCCACCGUCCCGCCCUACGACACGGCUCUCAUCUAUGACUACGAGGGGGACGGUUCCGUGGCGGGGACACUGAGCUCCAUCCUGUCCAGCCUGGAUAGUGAGGACCAGGACUACAGCUGCCUCUGGGACUGGGGGCCCCGCUUUGCCCGGCUGGCCGACUUGUACGGGCCCCCGUGA